AUGGAUCCAUUUACUAAGCUGCCGGAAAUCGUCCAGGCGGAACUUUUGAUUCAUAUCGACUCCGUGGCAAACAUCCUGCCACUAAUACAGGCAUCCCCAGCAAUGGCCUCGAUAUUUUUUACGUGCAAGACGAGUAUCUUGCAGCGAAUGCUCACAAUCCUUCUUACCGGCGAUACCAAUGGAGGUAUCAUCCAAGACGCUCUGGCAGUCCUCAAUUUUCCUUCUCCCGACAGUAUAUCAUCCAUACCCUCGAUCCGGCAUCACAUCCAAAAGUGGGCGGACCAAGGAUUCGGCAACCCCUUCCAGCAAUCCGACCCAACAACGAUUCAGAGCCUCCAUCGCCUCUUCUCACGUCUGACCCUGUUUAUUGAAGACUACCUCGCCAAAGCAACAGAUCCGUUCCCGCCGCGCGCAUAUAUGGCAGUCCCUGGCAUUACUUCUCCAGGCCCAUGGUUCAAAGGCAAGAGAAUCAACAUCAAACCCGUCAAGUUAAUGGCAUUGACUCCUUCGGAAAGGACACGCCUGUUACGGACAUUUAUUCGAUACGAGCUGCUUUGCAAGAUUUAUCAUCCCCGGGUGUGGCCUUGGAUUGAGCACAGCAGCUGUGCCAACCAGGUCAAGAUAAUGCAUGAAAAGUUUCGACCUGUGGAUUACAAGGGAUUGCACUGCGCUUAUGAGUAUUUCAGGAGCGUCUACGGUGCCAUCUUUGCACACUGCCAAGACUCUUGGCUACCAGAUCGACCGGCCGCCUGCUCUUCUGGCAACCGGCUACACCCUGAUUCUAAGCAUGGGUUGUUGUACCCAGAUACAAUUUAUUUCAGCGCCAGCGACUAUUUGUCAGAUAUGAAUAUACAAGGUAGGAAUUUGUCAAGAAUAUUACCUUGUCUUGGUUUAGAUCUGCUAGUCCAUAUUCUAGCUUCUCUUCAAGAGCGGAAGGACUACGAAAGAUACCUCAGGAGGUGGUUCAAUCUUCUUUCAAAUGAUCUUGGAUGGACUUAUAAUCCUUGGAUGUCUAAUCGGCACUUCGCUAAGCAUCACGAACAAUCCGCAACUUUCGAUGCCAACAUUUACCAUUGGGGUCUCGGCCCAGAUUCACCACAUCGUCGCUUCAUGCCCAGGCCGAUUUUUGAGCACUACUCGGGAUACGAGCCUUGGAGUAGGGGGGAACAGCAAGGGCGUCUACUCGGGAUACAUGAGCUGCAGCUCCAGAUAUAUCGUCAGCGAGCCUGGGUUUUCUUUGACGAUGUGAGAUUUUACCCUGACGCAAGAUCCCAUUUUCCGACGAUGGAAGAUCUUGAUAAGCAAGACCAGAUCGCCAACGAUAGGCUGGGCCCGGAUUAUGAACGAAGCCGAAGAAGAUCACAAAAGUGGCAAGAUUACUACUGGGGACGAACUCUGGAUAACCCGUUGCACGAGCAGGAAGAGGAAGAAGAGGAUUGGGUGAUGAUGGAGGACAAUGAAGGACACCUCAUGCGGUUCUUUGAGAAGCCGGCCAUUGGAAGUAUCCCUUCAUUCUGGAGACACAGCUCGAUGAAUGUGCAGGCCAGUUCGUGA